AAAAAAAAUUAUUUUUAUAAUUUUUUAUAAUUUAUGUAGGUCUCCCUGAAUAUAAAAAAAAAAUUUAUAAUUUUUUUUAUUCAUUUUGUACAGCUGACUGCACGUUAACUGCAUCUGACGACUGUAUGUAACAAAGCCUAUUAAUUAAUUAAGGAAGCAUCCAGUGAACUGUCUCCUACACAACAUGAUCUGAAGAAAAAGAAAACAUGGGAGGGAACUUUAUCCUUUUUUGUCAAGUUAAUUUAUAAUAAUAUGUAGCAUUUUUAUUUCCAACAUGGAAUCGAGCAUUUACCUUAGAAGUCACCGACGGGAAACAUAACAGGCCAUCACAUUGACUUGCUGAUCUCCCGUUGCCUGCAUCUGUCUCAAACCAUCACAUGCACCUGCUUUUAGGACGUGACGAAACGCGUUCUUCAGAAAAAUAAGCUCUUAUCAUGAUCUUAAAGUGUACGUACGUAUAUACUAGGACUUCAUUAUAAUUAAUCACCGACAAGCGCGUUCCUAAUCUAUAAAUGGAGGCACUUUCUUCAAGAAUUCGAAUGUAUACUGAUCGAUCUGUUUGAAGAACAAAAUGGGUUCUGUCAAAAUUCCUUCUGUUUCUCUUUUGUAUGUUUUCUUCCUUGUUUGUGUAGGUUUUGAUGGCAUCAACAGUGAAGGUAACGGUUGGCUUAAUGGCCAUGCAACUUUCUAUGGAUCCAAUCAAAACCCCACAACUCUUGGUGGAGCUUGUGGCUAUGAUAACACAGUCCACGCUGGGUUUGGAGUGAACACGGCUGCCAUUAGCAGUACACUUUUCAGAGGUGGUGAAGCAUGCGGCGCUUGCUACCAACUGAGCUGCAACUACAGGCUCGACCCAAAGUGGUGCCUUCCCCACCGCGUUAUGACCAUUACCGCCACCAAUUUCUGCCCUCCCAACAAUAAUGGAGGAUGGUGUGAUCCCCCUUACCAACACUUUGACAUGUCUAUGCCUGCUUUCUUACGCAUUGCACGACAAGGCAAUGAAGGCAUUGUCCCUGUCCUAUAUAGAAGGGUGUCGUGCAAACGGAGUGGAGGAGUGCGUUUCACCUUGAAGGGACAAUCAAAUUUCAAUAUGGUGAUGAUAUCUAACGUUGGUGGUAGUGGUGAUGCGAAGGCUGCAUGGAUAAGAGGCUCCAGGACAAGAACAUGGAUUCCCAUGCAUCGGAAUUGGGGUGCAAACUGGCAAAGUGGGUUUGACGUUCGAGGCCAAAGAUUGUCUUUUAAGCUCACUUUGGUUGAUGGGAAAACAUUAGAAUUCUUAAAUGUCGUUCCUUCGACUUGGAGGUUUGGGCAGACAUUUUCUUCCCCAAAUCAGUUCUCUUAAUUCCACAACGAUCAAGACGUGCAGUGACGUUCAUGUCCGAGAAUAGAGUUUUUUGAUUCUUGACGGACCUUUUUUCUGCCCUUCUAGCGAAACUUUCAGACAGUAUGACAUUUGUGGACAAUAUAUCAAGUUGUUUGUAAUAUUUUAUUUACUGUAAUAAAUAAUUGAAAAAUAAGAUUUAUAUUUGAUGAAGA